GCUACCUAACUGCUCUUGCUUUACAAGUUAGCAAUUAGCAUGAAACGCUUAGUAGCCAUGCCUCAAGUUCUGUGGUUUCUCCUUGCUAGCACACUAGCAAUUUCCCAUCUGGCAGUGGCCACGCCCGUGCCAUCUCCAAUGCUGGGAUCGCGUUGCCCUAACAUGUGCGGCGACGUAGAGGUUCCCUACCCCUUUGGCAUCGGAGCCAACUGUUCCCGGCCAGGCUAUGACUACUUCACAGUUGAUUGUAACCACAGCUUUAACCCUCCGAGACCAUACACUGGUAGCCUGGAGAUCAUCAGCAUAUCAUUGGAUGCCGGCGAGGUGCGUGUGGCCGCCCCUGUUUCUUAUAUCUGCUACACGUCGUCCAACACCUUCCAAUCCAGCCAAGGCUUCGUUUGGAAAGUCAACGCCCCGUAUCUCAUCUCGACUGCGAGAAACUUCUUCACGGUCAUCGGCUGCAACACCCUGGCGUAUCUGCAAGGCCGGGACGAUUGGAGCUACUACACCGGCUGCAUCACCUCCUGCGAAAACUUGGAGGAGGCAGCCCGCAAUGGCGAGGAGUGCACUGGUCUCGGCUGCUGCCAGACGCUCAUCUCGAGAAACCUUAGCACGAUUGGGGUCAACUGGAACAACGGCACCAGAUCCAUCAAUCCUGCGUGGAGCUACAGCCCUUGUAGCUACGCCAUCCUGGCCGAGAAAGGCAGGUACAAGUUCAAUCCGAGAGACCUCGUUCGUGAUGAGAACGACAGCUUUGCUAGCUGGGUUGCAAAGGAAAAGAUCCCGAUGGUGCUUGACUGGGCCAUCAGGGGUAAUGGCUCUUGCCGACCCCCAGCAAAGGACGCAGGUCCUUUGGCAAAAUUGACAGCUCCUGAUUGUGUCAGUGAACACAGCUUCUGUGUUAAUGCCACACAAGGGCCUGGGUACCUAUGCAACUGUUCCGAGGGAUACAGGGGCAAUCCCUACACCAUCGGGGGAUGCACAAAUAUUAAUGAGUGCCAAGAAUAUGACAAUCCUUGUCACAGUAGUAGCACCUGCCAUGAUACACUAGGUGAUUACAAGUGCAAAUGCAAAUUUGGACUAAAAGGAGAUGGCAAAAGUGACAACGGAUGCCAGCCUAUAUUUCCACCAUGGGCAAUAGCGAUCAUAGCAACAUUUGCUAUCGUCGUGGUAGCAUGUUUCGUGAUUAUGGACGUUAAAAGACGAAAGCAAAGGAGGUUUUUUGACAAAAAUGGUGGUGAGAUACUGAAGAGCAUGGGUAUAAACAUCUUCACCGAGCAGCAGCUGAAGAAGAUCACAAACAGCUACAAAGAAACUAUAGGAGAAGGCGCCUUUGGCAAGGUCUACAUAGGGACCAUUGAUGAAGGCACCCAACGGGUCGCGGUUAAGCGUGCCUCUGUGAAAGGCGAGGCGCUUCCGCAGGAGGAAUUCGUGAAUGAGAUCACCUUCCAGUUCCGGAUCAGCCAUGCAAACCUAGUGCGCCUCGUUGGGUGCUGCCUUGAGACAGACGUUCCCAUGCUGGUCUUUGAGUUCAUCUCAAAGGGAAGCCUGUUCAACGUGCUACACGGUGCUGAUGAUCAAGAGGCACUCAGGCUGCUUGAGCGCGUAGACAUUGCCAUUGGCUCUGCAGAAGCUCUCGCUUACAUGCACUCACAUGGUGGCCACAACCACGUACAUGGGGACAUCAAGUCUGGAAAUAUCCUCCUCAGUGAUGAUCUUACGCCCAAGGUCUCUGACUUUGGGUCAUCCAAGCUCGUGUCUGUUGCCAGCAUGUACUCCAAGUGGUGCGUGUCGGGGGACAUGAGCUACAUAGACCCAGUAUACAUAAAAUCUGGCCGUUUCACAGAGAAGAGCGACGUGUACAGCUUUGGUGUCGUGCUCCUGGAACUCAUCACGAGGAAGAAAGCCAAGUACGGUGACAACAGCCUCCCUCUAGACUUCGUCAAGUGCUGCAAGGAGGAGGGCAAUGGAAGGAAGUUGUACGACAGAGACAUCUUGUCUGAUGAUGAUGCUCAGGCUCAUCGUCAUAUGGAGUGCCUUGACAGGAUCGGCGCACUCGCGGUUCGAUGUCUCAAGGAAGAUGUGGAUGAGAGACCGACCAUGGCAGAGGUGCUGGAUGAGCUUAAGCAAGUGAAGGCAAUAGCCAGCGGAGGCUCAUCAGGUUCUGUGGCAAGCUAAAGACAGGUAGAUGAUGAAGCACUCAAGCUAUAGCUGGUACUACUUUAUACUAGCACUCAAGCUCAUCUUUAUCAUUAACGUGUUGAUGAUUGUAUUGAACACUAUGGGUUGUACAUUCAUGAGUAAUGCUAUUUUCUUGUA